CGUACACUUUAUAUAGAUAUUUACAUAUACAAUGUGCAUAGACAUAACAUUGAACUGGAAAUUUUCUGUAACUGAAUAUAUACAGAGGAGGAGCAAUAAAUUUUGGCUAAAAAAACAAAAUUCUUUCAUAUUUGUUAAUAAAAAAAAAAAAAUCCAUCAAAAAGAGGAAAGAAAACCAAAUGAAAUCUGUAAAUUCUAAACCUAGUAGGGUAAUAACUUCACAAAAUAAAUUCAUAUUUAUCAAAAUAAUUAUAAUAAAAAUAAAUAAAUAAAAUACACUUAACAGCAAACCCUUCCUAUAAAUACCACCUUAUAUCAUAGUCAUACAUUCACAACCAUAACCCUCUAUAGUCAUAUAUAAUUAUAUAUAUAUCAUUCCCUUUUGUGAUUAUUAUUCUCUUUCAGCCAUGGCCAUGGAGAUGAACAACAACAACAACAACAAUGAAAACAACGAUCCAAACAGAAGGGUUAGCAGAGGAAGGCAGAAAGUGGCGAUGGUGAAGAUGGACAACGAGAGCAAUCUUCAAGUCACCUUCUCCAAGCGCCGUUCUGGGCUUUUCAAGAAGGCCAGUGAGCUUUGCACACUCUGUGGAGCCGAGUUGGCCAUAAUAGUUUUCUCGCCUGGAAGGAAGGUUUUCUCGUUCGGACAUCCAAGCGUGGAGUUGGUGAUAGAUCGGUUUCUGAACCCUCAGAAUUACCGUACCACGCCCCAAGCGAACUCCGGGACACUGCAGCUAAUCGAGGCUCAUCGGAACGCGAAUGUCCGGGAGCUGAACCAGCAGCUGAGCCAUGUCACGGGGCAGUUGGACCACGAGAGGAAGCGUAAUAAUGAGCUGAAGAAGGCGCGUAAGGCGAGAGUGUCCCUGCACUGGUGGGAGGCUCCAGCUGAGGCUUUGAGUGAUCUGAGGCAUUUGGAGCAGCUCAAGUCGGCUAUGGAGUUGUUGAGAAGGGCUACCACUCAACAGGCUGAUCGGCUCUUGAUUCAGACCACUGCUAAUGCAAACUCUCUCCUACCACCUAACUUUAAUACCAUGAAUGUUAACACGCCGUCGUUUUAUGGUUCUGUGACUAAUAAUGCAGGUGGUGGUGGUGGUGGUGGUAAUGGACAGCAACAACCUAAUAAUUAUGACCAUUAUUGUGAUACCAAAAAUAAAAAUAUCAAUGAUGAUAAGAAGAAUGUUGGGUUUGAUGGUGGUGUGACUAAUAAGAAUACUAAUCCUUCUGCUAGUACUGGUAAAACUGGUACUGAUACACCUCAAUUGCAGGCUAUAACUUCUGGUGGUGGUAGUGUCAACCACCAUGUCAAUAUGCCUUAUCUUCAAGCAGCUAUAGCUUCUGGUGGUGGUAAUGUCAACCAUAUCAAUCUGGCUCAAAUUCAGGCCAUACCUUCUGGUGGGACUAUCAAUAUGCAAGUAGUGAAAUCUUCUUCUACUACUACUACUACUACUACUACUACUACUCCUGGUGGUGGUGGUAAUGUGAUGAGCCAUAUCAAUUUCUCUCCUAUGUCUCAUAUGUCUCCCCAUAUGCCGCCGGCAAACACUUGUGUUAGCAAUUUCAAUCAUUUCAAUAUGUCUCCUGCUAUGCCUCAUAUGCAGCCAAAAACUUCUUCUGCUCCUAACCUUGUCAACCAUGUCAAUAUGUCUCCUAUGCAAGCUAAUAAUAAUACUAGUGUCAACCAUGUCAUGAAUCAGCUGCCUAUGCUGCCUCAGUCUCUGCCACAAUCUUCCCAAUUGCUUUUGCAACAGCCUAAUUCUCAGGGGACUCAUCAUCAUAUGAUGUUUAGCAACAAUGGUGGAUUUGGCCAUGGUUUCUUCUGAUUCAUUAUAAGAUCAGAAUUAUUUCAAGUAUACCAGCCACUCACACAGACUCUACCUCAUCUGGGUAUCGAUCUUUAUUUCAUGUUCUUUUUGUUUUCGUAUGGUUUAGAAGUAUCAUAAUUCUUUGGUCUUUGUUUUCUUGUUCUUUUUAGUGAGAUUUUAAGAAGAGGUUGAGGGUUUUUAUUAGUUAUAGGAAAAGUGGUUUGGUGGAUUACAUAUAUAAAAAUAUA